GAAUCACCCUUUGCCCUGAAACCCAUUUCAGUCUUCUUCAACGAACCCGCUUGAUCGGAGAAAACAGCUCAGAAGGUCCGUCGUCGUCAAUGGGGAGCUAUGUGGAGCAAGCUCGUGAGAAUCACGUCAAGAAGAAGGUCGAAGAAGCGCUGCGUAGCAAGAUGAAGGCAAAGGCAUUAAACGAAUGUGAUCAGUACGUCUCCAAGUAUGCUGAAUGCGCCACCGGAAGAACCUUCUCUGUUGUGUGGACAUGUCGUAAGCAAGCUAAAGAGCUCAACACUUGCCUCCAUCAGUUCACCAAUGACAAGGUGUUGGAAGAAAUGAAGAGAGAGUACAUGAUUCAAGAAGAGGGAAAAAUCUCAGCGUCCACCGCAUAAUUGAUUUGAGUCGGACCAGUAUAAAGUGGUCGCUUUGUUUCUUGUUGAUUAUGGACCAGAAAGAUCCUCCUUGUAAUGGAUGCUUUUUUAUAAAAACUGAGUAUUGACUCUGGCCUUUCUACAAUAAGGGUGGUUUACUCACUAUAAGAAAAGUAAAAGAUUUUGUUUGUUGUUCCA